CGUUUAGUGUCUGGGUACUUCUCCAUAUAAUCCACCACUAAAUCGGCUAGGUCCCAGCGACUGAUCUUUCGCAGUAGAGCUUUGAUACUGGCGCACGAGCGCGGCGAAAAGACUCCCUGUUUCCGCAACUCCUUCAAAACAUCAAUGGCUGACGGUGUACCGGGCAGGUUGCAGCUUGCGCCAAAAGCCAGCUGGUUCGCGUUCUCUUUGUCCAUCUUCAGGGAGAUUUCAAGGAGAAGAUCUUUGAACGCGCCUUCUCUGUCGCCGGUGGGCGGCUCGCUGCACGCCAUGGGCUCGCUGUGAACUGGACUGGUUAGGGAGAUAUUGUCGUCGGCCAUCUGCUCUGUCCGCUUUUAGCUACACAGCUUCGCGUGUGGGUGUGGUGUCCGAGGAAUUACAACAAUGGAAACACCACAAAAGGUUGUUUCAACAUAUUACUUAUACCUAAGCUAGCAGUUGAAAUAUCGGAUCCUCGCUUCCGAUUAUUGUAGGUAUUAUUCCGCUCGGAAGGCGGCAUCACGCUUUUGCGCAUGCGUAUUUCUAGCGAUAAAAGGCCGCGUAUAGACGAGACACAGGAGAAAUGGAGGAAGAGCUUCGCUACGACGGUCGACGAGACGCGUUCGACAAUCUCCUGCAAGAGCUGGGCUCCCAGUUGUCCAAAACAAACCUCGACAGUCUGGAGGUGUUGGAGCGCGUGCCUGAAGACCUGCGGGAAAAGGGAGGGAUCAAACUGCUCGAGUACUUCAGGAACCAGGGGCGGUUCACUCUCUGGAGGACCGCCAGUCUCCACGACAUCCUCCGUAAAUGCGGCCGCUAUGACUUGGCGGAAGUGGUGAAAGACCGGUUCCAGAGAAACUACCCCGAUUUGGCAGAGUCCCCGAAGCCGAAGAGGGCUUCGAUGCAGUACGAAAGAACGGCUAGCUCCCUACUAGUCCGUUCUCCCUGCCACACUCGUUCGAGCUCCAGCCCCGUCCCCCACAGGCAUCGGCGAGCGUCGUCACUGGAUCGCGCACAGUGGCCAGUCGAAGAAGAAAACACGGCGUCGGGGACACGCAGUUUGGUCGGUCCGUCCCACACGCGAGGAUUCGCGGCUUCAAAAUCUCCCACGCCGAGCGAGUUCUCUAUGGGCAGUACCUACCCGCCGCCGCUGGAAGAAUACUCUACAAUGGCGAGUUGGCGCUCACAUGGGAGAAGUUGCGACGACUGCCGACUGAAAGAGAAAGCGAUAGAUGCAGUAGUCAGGAUUGUGGAGAGCAAGUCUUGCACCGACAUUACAUACAGAUCAACAGACGAAGAGAGUCUGAAAUCGAAAAGUGAGGCGUCUUUGGUGAUGAAAGGAGGUAGCCAUAACGACAACACACCGACCCUCCAUCGUCGCAAUGCAUCUUCUAGUGAUGGCGGAGGACAAGACACAAUGAGUUCCUUCAUCGCCAAUAAUCUAGAUGAAUUUGAGCAAGCCUCUCCGUCUCCCGACAGCUCCCCUUAUGUGGAUGUGGGCACAACAGAUGCACCAGUACCUUCUCUACCAUCUCCCACCAGCCACUACACCCCAGAUUCCAUUACCUGGGAGCUGAAAAAAGGCAAUCUGCUGAAAUCACUCAACAAAUCAGGCAAUGAAAAGCUUGUUUUCAGUGAAAAGAUUGACCUCGACGUGGGCCAUGGGAAGAACAAUCCGAAGCUUUCCAUUGUGCUGCAAAUUUCGGAAAAGGCGGCCACCGAGGAUAUGGAAGACGAAAUCCAUCGUCGUAAGACGGCGUUCGAGACGCUGGUUCGCGAAAUCUCCAAGAAACUGUCCAAAGCGGACAUGGACGAGAUGGAAGUGUCUGAGGGAGUGCCAGAAGGUUCGCGGGAAAAGGGCGGGAGAAAACUGCUCGAGUACCUGCAGCGACAGGGGAAAUUCUCCCUGUGGCGAACCAGCCGACUUCGUCGGAUCCUGAAAGAAUGCGAGCGGUACGACUUGGCGGAGAACGAAGUGAAAAACUACCAGUUGCUCUUUCCCGAUCUAGAGUCUCCGUUGAUUAGUCGAAGAUCUUUGACGAGCAGCAGCUUGCCGCCGUCUCUCUCAAGCUCCCCGCGCACACGGCGACCGAGAUCAAGUCCAGCCGCAGUCCGGCGGCGCCCGAGGAAACUCUCCUUCAACCAUUUUCCCCUCGCGCAUGAAGUCCACUCGUCUACUGGCUCACAGAAUGGCAGCGCGCGGGGACUAGGGUCUUUUUCCUCUUCGUCCAGCCGGGGAAGUAGCCGCGAUAAGUUAUCUCUGACGGCGGAUAAUUCCCCGAUGCCUUCUUCAUGUCUGAGACAAAGCUCCGUUGACCAUGGCCAACAACAGGUGGAAAUAGAGAGAUCCCGACUGGCCAUUCAGGCACUUCUACAGAUAGCCACAGGUUCGUCUCGUUCCAGUCUCUGCAGCGAAUCGUCAGGUGCUUCGUGCAGCACCACUGACUCAGGAGACGAACAGAAAAGGGGUCGCUCUCUGUCGGCUACGGUGGCAGAUGAGUACAAGUGUGACGAGACACUCACUGCCUCAACACUCAGCCGGCUCAUUUCUCAACCCCGAGAGCUCUCUGGUGAAGACACUGACGCUUCUCCAUCAGACCCGGAGCAGGGAAAGAACGACAACUCUUUUCCUCAUACUAACGUCAGUAUUUCUCAAGAUCAACCGUCUAACCCACCAUCUCCUUCUACCCCCCAGUCAAAUGAAACAACUACUAGCCCCUCUAAUAAUUCCGUGCUACCUCAUUUGCCAGAGCAACAAACCAGGGACCUUAUAGGACUCAUCAAGUGGCAGGUGAAGAGAGAUCGCUUGCUCAAAUGUCUCUCCAGAGUUGGAGAAGGGAGGCUUCAGUCGAUUACCUGCAGUCAGAAGAUAGAUCUCGACGUGGGUCAAGGCAGAAACAACCCCAAACUCUCCCUCGUCCUCUUCCCCCGUGGGCUGUUUGAGAACGUGGGGCUGAGUGCUUCCCUGCAGGCCAAGAUUUCAACCCCAGACAAGUGUCCUCCUCUUCCCUCUUCUCUCCUGGUCCAUCUGAGAUUAGUGGUCUAUGGCAGCCACAAGCAAGAAGCAUGGAGAAAGACCUGUGUGCAACAGCCUGUGAAUAUGCACUCGUCUUACGUGCAUCACCUCUUUAGCUGUAACAUUACCCCAGAGACAAUAGGGGACCACAUCUUGCUAGAAAUAUCUGUUAGCAUAAAGAAUUAAAGUGUAGUGUUGAACAUUAUAACACAGAUUGAUCAUUGUGAACGGCCCAACAACACUCUAUUUGCUAUAAUAUAUUGCAGUGGCUAAGUUAAACCACUGCAGUUGAUGUCCACUUCCAAGUUAAAGUACUUUGAUUUCGACUCCUUCAGCUGGUUGUGGGUGAUGACAGUGUACACGUAGAAUAUGCUGAUUUUACUGAUUUUCUCUGUAACACAAGGACACCUCUUCACUUCUUUCCCCUCAACUUCAAAUACCGCUAGUCUCAGUUGUAUCUCUGAAGAGAGAGGUAAAGGAGGACAUUUGUCGGGUAUCGUGAUCCGCACAGCCAUCGUUACAGCGUUUCCCUCGUCUCCGUGGAGACCGUACGGAAACAACUGAAGCAUCAGUUUCGGGUUGUGUUUUCCUUGAUUUGCAUCGAGUUCUAGUUUACCAGGGCGAGUGAGGCUGGCCUGGGCUUGGUGCCUCCAGAUCGGCUUUAUGAGGUCUUCACGCACAACUUUCCACAUGAAGUUGGGAGACGAGGAGAGACUGGUGCGGGAUUUACUCCGGAGAAAGGAAAGUUUCGUUCGGAGACGUGGCUUCUCUUUUCCUGCUGGCGGGGAGGAUGGUUUCCGUGGUUCCCCCACCUCUUGUGCAACAUCUGCCGGAACUGCUUCUAUAUAGAACACAGAUUCCCUAUCAUACAGGCUAUGUACACACCGGAAGCAGAUGCUUUAUCACUACACGCUGUUUCCUUAGUCUUAGAGCAAGGUUUACUUAGCCUACAAUGACACACUCACUCACCUUUGCCAUACACAGAUGUUCUGGGGCUGGUAAUGGUAGUUUCAGAGAGGGUCUCGGAAGCUACUGAGACCCUCUUGAUUGUAGCAUCGGAAAUUGUAGACUGUCUUCUGCUGUCUGCUGUGACCGAUUGUCCUGGGGUUGCGUCCGAGUGUUCGUGGGUGUCGGCAUGCUCGGUGGUAGACUGGUUUGCUGGUUGUUUCAUUGUAAUCCAAUCUUCAUCUGGUGCAUCGGCUGAAAAACUAUCACUAAUCGGCUCAGUCCGUGUUUUGACUCCAAACUGUGUGUCGGUAAUCUCACACCUGGCGUGAUUCGGUACAGAUCCAGCUACUUGAUGAUGCCGGGAAGCAAAGCCUCUAUUACGAACAGGAACGCUCGGAGUUCGUCUCAUCCUGCCCUGAUGGGUGUUGGUUGUGAGUCUCCCAUGGUAACUAUGGCUCAGUUUCUUUGCCCAUGGAUCCUUGUUACCGACAUCCGAGUACAUGGAGCUAGUGUCAGAUUGUGGGAGUCGAGGGAUCGA